AAGUGUGUAAGCAGAAGACUUUGUACUACUCAGCUGAAGCAGUGGUACAGUAUGAGCAAUACGAACAAGAGAUGAAGCAUUUACAGCAAAUGAUAGAGGGUGCCCACCGUGAGAUCCAAGACAAACCUGUUGCAACCAGUAACAUCCAGGAGCUGCAGGUCCAGAUUUCACGCCAUGAGUUCCAGUCAUCACAUGACCUCAUUUCCAUGGAGCUGGCGCAGAAGAUUAAAGGAUACCAGGAGCAAAUAGCCUCUUUGAAUUCCAAGUGCAAGAUGCUAACAAUGAAAGCCAAACAUGCCACUAUGUUGUUGACAGUGACAGAAGUGGAAGGGCUGUCAGAAGGAAUGGAGGAGCUGGACUCAGAACUCCUCCCAACACACUCGGCUCAUCCCUCUGUGGUUAUGAUGACUGCUGGUCGCUGUCACACACUACUCUCACCUGUCACUGAGGAGUCUGGGGAGGAGGGAACCAACAGUGAGAUUUCUUCUCCACCUGCCUGUCGCUCUCCUUCACCUGUGGCUAAUACAGAUGCUUCUGUUAACCAGGACAUUGCUUAUUAUCAAGCCUUAUCUGCUGAACAGUUGCAGACAGAAGCUGCCAAGAUUCAGCCCAGCACAUCAUCCACUCAGGAGUUCUAUGAGCCAGGCUUAGAGUCAGCUGCCAAUGCCAAACUGGAUGAUUUGCAGCGUUCUUGGGAAACACUGAAGAAUGUGAUAAGUGAAAAGCAGCGCACCCUCUAUGAAGCUCUUGAACGCCAGCAGAAAUACCAAGACUCACUCCAGUCCAUAUCCACAAAAAUGGAGACCAUUGAGGUGAAGCUGAAUGAAAGUUUGGAACCUGGCAAGAGCCCAGAGAGCCAGAUGGCUGCACAUCAGGCUUUGAUGGAUGAGAUUCUGAUGUUACAAGAUGAAAUCAGUGAGCUUCAAACAUCAUUAGCAGAGGAACUGGUGUCAGAGUCACUGGACGCAGAUGCUGCUGAUCAGUUGGCUUUGCAGUCCACGCUCACUGUCCUGGCAGAGAGAAUGGCCACUAUUAGAAUGAAAGCUUCAGGAAAACGACAACUGCUAGAGGAAAAACUCAAUGAGCAGCUAGAAGAACAGCGACAAGAGCAAGCCCUGCAGAGAUAUCGCUGUGAAGCUGAUGAGCUUGACCAUUGGCUACUCAAUACCAGAGCCUCUUUGGACACCACUUUGAUUACUUCUGAGGAACCCAUGGACAUGGAGGCUCAACUGGUUGACUGUCAGAACAUGCUGGUGGAAAUAGAACAGAAAGUGGUGGCCUUGUCAGAGCUCUCCGUGCACAAUGAGAACCUGCUCAUGGAAGGAAAGGCGCACACAAAGGAUGAGGCAGAGCUGUUGGCCGUAAAGCUCAGAACUUUAAAGGGAAGCCUUCUGGAGCUGCAGAGAGUGCUGCAUGACAAACAAAUCAACAUUCAACAGGGAGCUUUACAAGACAAGGAGGAGUGUGAGUUGGACUUGGUAUCCUCACACAGCCCCAGUGUCCAAGAAUGGCUGGCACACGCACGAACAACCCGUUCCCAGCAGCAACAGAGCAGCCUCCAGCAACAGAAAGAGCUGGAACAAGAGCUGGCAGAGCAGAAGAACCUGCUUCGUUUAGUAGCAAGCCGUGGAGAAGAAAUCCUAACCCAACACUCUGCUCCAGAUGGCCGUCAAGCUAGUGAGAAGCCUGAUGUGUUAUCUCGGGAGUUAGGCUUGGAAGGUGAGACUCCAUCAGCUGAAGAUCAAAUGAAAAUGAAAUGGGAAAGCUUGCACCAGGAAUUCAGCACCAAACAGAGACUGCUGCAGAAUGCUUUGGAACAGGAAGAGGCACAGCCGCUUUACAACAGACCAAACAGACUGAUGUCUGGCCUACCCUUAUAUAAAGGGGAAGGACAGGCGCAAGAUAAAUCAUCAUUUGAAUCUAUACUGGUUGGUUUGAACCAGGCCUUUGAAGAUGUUUCAUCUCAGGCUGGAGGAGCAGAGAAGGAAAGCCUGCACUUAGAACAGAAGCUGUAUGAUAGCGUCUCAGCCACUUCUUCUUGGCUGGAUGGUGUUGAAGAAUGCUUGUUUGUUGCUACAGCCCUGCUUCCGGAAGAGACAGAAACUUGCCUGUAUAACCAGGAAUCUCUUGCCAAAGAUAUCAAAGAGAUGUCAGAAGAAAUGGAUAAGAACAAGAAUUUGUUUUCUCAAACAUUUCCCGAGAACAGUGAUAACAGGGAUGUUAUAGAGGGCACUUUGGACUGUCUACUGGGGAGACUGACCAUGCUGGAGUCAGUAGUAAACCAGAGGUGCCAUCAGAUGAAAGAGAGACUUCAGCAAAUACUCACCUUCCAGAAUGAUCUAAAGCUACUGUUUACAUCAUUGGCUGAUCACAAAUACAUAGUUCUGCAGAAACUAGCAGAGGCAGCUGAGCGACCUGAAAUGGAACAAAUGCAGGCUAUACUACAGGCAGAAGAUGGUCUGAAGGAAUUGGAUGCUGGAAUCAGCAAAUUAAAGAAGCGUGGGGACAAGCUACAGAUUGACCAGCCUUCCAUGCAAGAGCUAUCUAAGCUCCAGGACAUGUAUGAUGAACUGAUGAUGAUCAUUGGAUCCAGACGCAGUGGUCUGAACCAAAAUCUGGCCCUCAAGGGUCAGUAUGAACGAGCUUUCCAGGACCUGGCUGACCUAAUAGAAACUGGCCAAGAAAAGAUGUCAGGUGACCAGAAAAUUAUUGUUGCUUCCAAGGAGGAGGUCCAAAUGCUACUAGACAAACACAAGGAAUAUUUCCAGGGUCUGGAAUCUCACAUGAUCCUGACAGAAACGCUGUUUAGAAAGAUAAGCAGUUUUGCCCUCCUGAGGGAAACCCAGUCACAUACGAAACAGAUGGCACAAGCCUCCGCUGUGUUAAAACAAGCUCAUAAGCGGGGUGUUGAGCUGGAAUACGUUCUAGAGACCUGGACACACCUGGACGAGGACUAUCAGGAACUGACCAGACAGCUGGAGGCUGUUGAAAGUAGCAUUCCUAGUGUUGGUUUGGUAGAGGAGACGGAGGAAAGGCUUACAGACCGGAUCACGCUUUAUCAGCGCCUGAAAUCUAGCCUGACUGAAUACCAGCCCAAGCUUUACCAGGUGUUGGAUGAUGGGAAAAGACUACUUUUUUCUAUCAGCUGUUCAGCUCUAGAAAGUCAACUGAACCAGUUAGGAGAGCACUGGUUAAACAACACCAGCAAAGUGACCAAGGAACUGCACAGACUGGAGACUAUACUAAAGCACUGGACAAGAUAUCAGAGUGAAUCAGUUGAGCUGAUUCAUUGGUUACAAUCGGCAAUGGACCGGCUGGAGUUCUGGACUCAGCAGUCAGUGACAGUCCCUCAAGAACUUGAAAUGGUGCGAGAUCAUCUGAAUGCUUUUCUGGAGUUUUCAAAAGAGGUUGAUGCCAAAUCAUCCCAGAAAUCUUCUGUUUUAAGCACUGGGAACCAACUCCUUCGGCUAAAGAAAGUGGAUACAGCAGCAUUGCGUGCAGGACUGUCUCAGAUCGACAGCCAGUGGAUAGAGUUACUUACACAAAUUCCAGUAGUACAAGAAAAACUGCAUCAGCUUCAGAUGGACAAGCUUCCUUCUCGUCAUGCCAUCACUGAACUCAUGAGUUGGAUUUCACUGAUGGAAAAUAUCAUUCAGGAGGAUGAAGAGAAUAUAAAAAAUGUAGUAGGACAUAAAGCCAUUCAGGAUUAUCUACAGAAGUAUAAGGGAUUUAAAAUUGAUGUAAACUGCAAACAGUUGACAGUAGACUUUGUGAACCAGUCCGUACUACAGAUUAGCAGCCAGGAUGUGGAAAGUAAACGCAGUGACAAGACUGAUUUUGCAGAACAGCUUGGAGCAAUGAACAGACGUUGGCAGAUCCUCCAGAGCCUGAUAACAGAAAAGAUCCAGCUGUUGGAAAGCCUGCUGGAAUCCUGGACAGAAUAUGAAAACAAUGUGCAGUGCCUGAAAACUUGGUUUGAUACCCAAGAGAAGAGAUUGAAGAAACAACAGAGAAUUGGAGAUCAGGCUUCAGUCCAGAAUACCAUGAAAGACUGUCAGGAGUUGGAAGAGUUGAUUAAAGCAAAGGAAAAAGAAGUUGAGAAAAUAGAACAGAGUGGCCUUUCCUUGGUCCGGAAUAAGAAGGAAGAAGUCUCUAAUGUUGUCAUGAGUACCCUGCAAGAACUUAACCAUUCCUGGGCCAAUUUGGACCACAUGGUCGGCCAGCUGAAGAUAUUGUUGCAGUCUGUGCUUGAUCAGUGGAGCAUUCACAAAGUGGCUUAUGAAGAACUGAAUAGUUACCUGAUGGAAGCUAGAUAUUCUUUGUCUCGCUUUCAUCUCCUCACAGGUUCCUUGGAAGCAGUGAGAGUCCAAGUCGAUAACCUUCAGAGACUGCAGGAUGAGUUGGAAAAGCAAGAGAACAGCUUACAGAAGUUUGGUUCAGUGACAAACCAGUUAUUGAAAGAGUGUCACCCACCAGUCACUGAAACACUUUCUGACACUCUGAAAGAAGUCAAUAUGAGGUGGAAUAACCUUCUAGAAGAGAUUGCAGAACAGCUACAUUCCAGUAAGGCCCUGCUUCAGCUCUGGCAGAAGUACAAAGACUGUUACAGCCAGUGCUCUUCCUCAGUCCAGCAGCAUGAGGACCAAACCAAUGAGCUGUUGAAGACCGCCACUAACAAGGACAUAGCUGAUGAUGAAGUCGCUACUUGGAUUCAGGAUUGCAAUGAUCUAUUGAAAUGCCUGGGGACAGUGCAGGAUUCCCUGUUUGUUCUCCAUGAACUUGGAGAGCAGCUUAAGCAACAAGUGGAGACUUCUGCAGCAGCAGCUAUUCAGUCUGAUCAACUCUCCCUGAGCCAAAACUUGUCAGCCUUAGAGCAGGCUCUCAUCAGGCAAAAGGCUAUACUUCAGGCUGGAGUUCUAGACUAUGAGACAUUUGCUAAGAGCCUAGGAGGCCUGGAGGCCUGGAUAACAGAAGCUGAAGAAAUGUUGAAAGGACAAGAUCCCAGUCAUUCAUCUGACCUCUCUACAAUCCAGAAUAGGAUGGAAGAACUCAAAAGCCAGAUGUUAAAGUUCAGUAGCAUGGCGCCGGACUUGGACCGUCUGAAUGAGCUGGGUUACAGGCUACCCCUGAAUGAUAAAGAAAUCAAAAGGAUGCAGAAUCUGAACAGGCGGUGGUCCAUGAUCUCAUCUCAGACGACAGAAAGAUUCAGUAAGCUGCAGUCUUUCUUGCUGCAACACCAGACCUUUUUGGAGAAAUGUGAGAGUUGGAUGGAAUUUCUGGUUCAGACUGAGCAGAAACUGGCUGCAGAGAUUUCAGGAAACUACCAGAGUUUGUUGGAGCAACAGAGGGCACACGAGCUGUUCCAGGCAGAGAUGUUCAGUCGCCAGCAGAUUUUACAUUCAAUCAUCAUUGAUGGGCAGCACCUACUAGAGCAAGGACAGGUGGAUGACAGGGAUGAGUUUAAUCUGAAACUGACGCUGCUCAGUAAUCAAUGGCAAGGAGUGAUUCGCAGGGCACAACAGAGAAGGGGAAUCAUUGACAGCCAGAUCCGCCAAUGGCAACGUUACAGAGAGAUGGCAGAGAAACUACGCAAAUGGCUGGUGGAAGUGUCCUAUCAGCCAGUGAGUGGACUGAGUGGUGUUCCUAUUCCACUGCAGCAAGCCAGAGCCCUGUUGGAUGAAGCGCAACUUAGAGAGAAAGUUCUCCUACGGCAACAAGGGAGUUACAUUUUAACUGUGGAAGCUGGGAAGCAGCUGCUGCUCUCUGCUGAUAGUGGAGCUGAAGCAGCCCUGCAGACAGAACUCACGGAAAUUCAGGAGCACUGGAAAUUAGCCACCGUUCGUCUUGAGGAACAGAAGAAACAGCUCACCUUCCUACUGAAAGACUGGGAAAAAUGUGAAAAGGGCAUAGCAGACUCCCUGGAGAAACUAAGAUCCUUCAAGAAAAAGCUUUCUCAGCCAUUGCCCGAUCACCACGAUGAGCUGCAUACAGAGCAGAUUCGUUGCAAGGAGCUAGAAAAUGCUGUUGAAGGGUGGACGGAUGACCUUGCGCAUCUGACACUGCUGAAGGAGACUCUAGCUACCUACAUCAGUGCUGAUGAUAUCUCAAUCCUCAACGAGCGCAUUGAGCUGCUGCACAGGCAAUGGGAGGAGCUGUGCCACCAGAUCUCCUUGCGUCGGCAGCAGGUGAAUGAGAGACUGAAUGAGUGGGCAGUCUUCAGUGAGAAGAACAAGGAGCUCUGUGAGUGGCUGACACAAAUGGAGAGUAAGGUCUCUCAAAAUGGAGACAUCCUCAUUGAAGAGAUGAUAGAGAAACUCAAGAAGGAUUAUCAAGAUGAAAUUGCCAUGGCCCAAGAGAAUAAAAUCCAGCUCCAGCAAAUGGGAGAGCGUCUUGCCAAAGCCAGUCAUGAGAGCAAAGCAUCAGAAAUCGAAUAUAAACUUGGCAAGGUCAAUGACAGAUGGCAACACCUUCUGGAUCUGAUUGCAGCCAGGGUGAAGAAGUUGAAGGAGACCCUGGUUGCUGUGCAGCAGCUGGAUAAGAACAUGAACAGCUUGAGAUCCUGGCUCGCUCACAUUGAGUCAGAGCUGUCCAAACCCAUUGUCUACGAAACCUGUGAUUCCGAGGAGAUACAAAGGAAACUGAAUGAGCAGCAGGAACUCCAAAGGGACAUAGAGAAACACAGCACUGGAGUUGCAUCUGUUCUCAACCUGUGUGAGGUGCUGCUCCACGACUGCGAUGCUUGUGCCACAGAAACAGAGUGCGACUCCAUCCAGCAGGCCACCCGGAACCUGGACAGAAGAUGGAGAAACAUCUGUGCAAUGUCAAUGGAAAGGCGACUUAAAAUUGAAGAGACGUGGCGACUAUGGCAAAAGUUCUUAGAUGACUAUUCUCGCUUUGAAGACUGGCUGAAAAUUUCAGAGAGGACAGCUGCCUUUCCUAGCUCCUCUGGUGUGGUGUAUACGGUUGCCAAGGAAGAGCUAAAGAAAUUUGAGGCCUUCCAAAGACAAGUGCAUGAAAGUCUGACACAGCUGGAACUGAUUAAUAAACAGUAUCGCCGCCUGGCCCGAGAAAACCGCACUGACUCUGCUUGCAGCCUCAAACAGAUGGUCCAUGAAGGGAACCAGAGAUGGGACAACUUACAAAAGCGAGUCACUUCUAUCCUGCGCAGGCUAAAACAUUUUAUUGGCCAGCGCGAGGAGUUUGAGACAUCACGUGACAACAUUCUGGUCUGGCUAACAGAGAUGGAUCUGCAGUUGACCAAUAUUGAACAUUUCUCAGAGUGCGACGUCCAAGCAAAGAUAAAGCAACUCAAGGCUUUCCAGCAAGAGAUCUCCCUGAACAACAAUAAAGUUGACCAGAUAAUUGUCCAGGGUGAGCAGCUGAUAGAGAAAAGCGAACCCAUAGAUGCAGCUGUCAUUGAAGAAGAAUUGGAUGAGCUCCGGCAUUACUGUCAAGAGGUCUUUGGUCGUGUGGAACGCUACCACAAGAAAUUGAUCCGCCUUCCUCUGACAGACGAUGAACAUGACCUCUCUGACAGAGAGGUGGAUCUGGAUGAAUCAGCAGAUCUUUCUGACAUACACUGGCACGACAAAUCUGCAGACAGUAUUCUGUUCCCACACCCCUCCUCCAACCUCUCACUGUCACUUGCCCAACCGAUGAGAAGUGAGCGGUCAGGGCGGGAUACUCCUGCAAGUGUAGAUUCCAUCCCUUUGGAAUGGGAUCAUGACUAUGACCUCAGUCGGGACUUGGAGACAGCCAUUUCGAGGGCACUGCACUUAGAGGAGGAGGAAGGACAAGAAGACAAAGAUUUCUAUCUUAGGGGAGCAGCUAGUAUAGCAGGAGAACCAGGUGCCUUGGAAACACACAUCCGUCAACUGGACAAGGCCUUAGACACUAGUCGUUUCCAAAUACAGCAAACAGAAAAUAUCAUUCGCAGCAAAACACCCACAGGACCGGAACUAGAUUCCAGUUACAAAGGAUAUAUGAAGCUACUGGGUGAGUGCAGUGGCAGCAUAGACUCAGUAAAAAGGCUUGGUUACAAACUGAAAGAGGAAGAGGAGAAGCUCUCUGGAUUUAUAAACCUGAAUAGUACUGAAACACAAACAGCUGGUGUGAUUGAUCGCUGGGAGUUAAUCCAGGCCCAAGCUCUAAGCAAGGAACUCAGAAUGAAACAGAACCUUCAGCAGUGGCAGCAGUUCAACUCUGACCUGAACAACAUUUGGGUUUGGUUAGUGGAGACCGAAGAGGAGCUAGAGAAACUCUGUCAUCUUGAUCUCAGCACCGACAUACAAACCAUUGAGCUCCGAAUCAAAAAACUGAAAGAGUUGCAGAAAGCUGUUGAUAACCGCAAAGCGAUCGUCCUGUCCAUCAACCUGUGCAGCUCCGAAUUCACUCAAUCUGAUAGCGAAGAAAGCAAGAAGCUGCAGGAGCGCCUAUCUCAGAUGAACAUGCGCUGGGAACGUGUAUGCAGUAUGAUUGAAGAAUGGCGUUGCUCACUGCAGGAUGCGCUAAUGCAAUGUCAGGAUUUCCAUGAAAUGAGCCAUGGUUUGCUGCUUUGGUUGGAGAACAUUGACAGAAGAAAAAAUGAGAUCUUGCCUAUUAAUCCAAACCAAGACUUGGACACUCUGCAGGAUCAUCACAGACUGCUAAUGCAAAUCAGACGCGAGUUGCUAGAGUCUCAGCUGAAAGUGGUGUCACUCCAAGAUAUGUCCUGCCAACUGCUGGUCAAUGCUGAAGGCAAGGACUGCCUGGAAGCUAAAGAGAAAGUCCAUGUCAUUGGAAACAGACUCAAGCUCCUACUGAAGGAGGUCACACAUCACAUCAAGGACCUAGAGAAAAUCUUAGACAUCUCAAGCAGUCAACUGGAUUUGUCUUCAUGGUCCUCAGCUGAUGAACUGGACACUUCAGGAUCCCUCAGUCCUGUAUCUGGAAGAAGCACACCAAGCAGACAGAGAACGCCACGGGGCAAAUGUAGUGUCUCACAGCCUGGACCCUCUGUCAGCAGUCCACACAGCAGGUCCAUAAGAGGUGGCUCAGAUUCCUCCCAUUCUGAGACACUGGCAGCUCAGCAGCACCCAUCCUUCUUCCUGAGAGUCCUCAGAGCUGCUCUACCACUUCAGCUUCUUCUGCUACUCUUGAUUGGUCUUGCCUGCCUUGUACCAGUGACUGAGGAGGACUACAGCUGUACCCUAUCGAAUAAUUUUGCCCGGUCCUUCCACCCCAUGUUAAGAUAUACUAAUGGCCCUCCUCCUUUAUGAAGCAGUAGAAAGGCUAUUAAAGUUGGAGAAGCAUGACAGGAAAUGGGCCUGUUUCAAAUGUCAAUGCACUCAACAUGGCAGCUUUAUCUAUCUAUUGUAGCCAAUGUUCCCAUAUCAUUCUGCUGGCACUAAAUUAAUAAUGUAUCCGUACCAAAAUGUGUAAUGCAUUACGUGAGUAAUAUCCUUUCAAAACUCACAUCCCUGGCACUAAGAAGGCUAUGAAAUAAGUGAGGGAAUUUUCUUUCUAUCCAACAUUCUGGAUCUUCUGGCCACUUUAUAUCUGGGUCACUGCCCUGUGCUAUGCAUAGCCCAAGGACUUUAUACCGUCGAGAGAACCUCUCCUGUGUGCGGCUCUGAAUGAGCUAUUAGCCGAUCUUUGUUAAAUAUAUUAUCAGUAUCUAACAGUAUUCAAACAAACCAGUGCUAAGGACAUUUGAAAGACUUUGUAACAUACAUUUUUAAAGAGCUUGUAUGGCAAUGUACUAUUUUUCCUUGGUUUUUGUUUUGGGCAUGGCGUUCUAACCUUUUCUUUGGAUGCACAGGCUGUAAAUCUGAAAGGCACUUUUUUAAGGUUUAAAAAAAUGGAUGUAAUAAAUAAGAUCAUGGAAGGUUUUAUGAGAAAAAAUAUUGAAUAUCAAGUAUAAAAAGGAACCUAUUUAUGUAUGUACAGUUUGCUAAGCCAAGUUUUGUUUGUAAUGAUUUCUUUGCAUUUAUUAUAGAUACCAUACAAUAUUUUGUCUACGUGCUUUUUAAUGACAAUUAUAGAAACCUGUACGUUUAGAAUGAGAAAUGUAUGGUAAAAACAAUUAUAAGACCAUGUAUAUGCUGCAAUUCUCAAAGAAAAAAGUAAAAUAAAAAGAAAUGCUGUAAUAAUGAA